AGACUGAACAAGGAGUUGCCCAAGCUAUCAUUCGGUCUGUUGUAGAUUUUAAAAGGGACCCAUGGCCCAAAGUUUCUGACAAUGCAAAAGACCUCGUAAAGAAAAUGCUUGACCCUGAUCCUAAGAGACGGCUUACUGCUCAGCAAGUGCUAGACCAUGCAUGGAUACAAAAUGCCAAGAAGGCUCCCAAUGUUUCUUUGGGUGAAACUGUGAGAGCAAGGCUCCAGCAAUUCUCUGUAAUGAACAAGCUUAAGAAAAGAGCUCUAAGGGUCAUUGCGGAGCAUUUGUCAGUGGAGGAAGUGGCCGGCAUAAAGAAGGGAUUCCAAUUGAUGGAUACCAACAACAAAGGGAAGAUCAACAUUGAUGAGCUAAGAGUUGGGUUGAAGAAGCUUGGCAGUCAGAUGCCUGAAUCAGAUCUCCAGAUUCUUAUGGAAGCUGGUGAUGUGGAUAAGGAUGGACAUUUGGAUUACGGAGAGUUUGUUGCUAUUUCUGUUCAUCUCAGAAAGAUGGGUAAUGAUGAUCACCUUCUCGAAGCCUUCAAAUUCUUUGAUCAAAACAAAAGUGGUUAUAUAGAGAUUGAAGAACUAAGGGAUACCUUGGCUGAUGAAGUCGAGACCAACAAUGAAGAAGUCAUUAAUGCCAUCAUGCAGGAUGUGGACACCGACAAGGAUGGACGUAUAAGUUAUGAAGAGUUUGCAUCAAUGAUGAAGGCCGGGACGGAUUGGAGAAAAGCAUCAAGGCAGUAUUCAAGAGAGCGGUACAAUAGUCUGAGCCUGAAAUUGAUGAAAGAUGGAUCAUUCCAUGUUGGUGGCAAUGAGGAGGGUAGAUAAACUCAUGGAAAGAUACGACUGCUUGCUAACAGAUGAAAUUUAAAUGAAAAAUCUUUUGAUUUUGUCUGCUUCCAAAAUUCUUAUUCUUCUUUAGUUUUAUAAAUUUUUUUAUUAUUAUUAUUUCCCUUCGUUCAUUUUCUUUCAAGUCCUUCUGAGACCCUUUUUGAGGAUAGUUGAGGAUCUGGAUGUCUUUGUCAAGUGCAAUAUAUGUUUGCUUCUAUUUUGUUUGGAAAGAGUCGGAGAAAAAGUGUGAAUGUGUGAUAUUAUAUUGAAUAUAAGGGGACUGGUGGGUUAUUUGUGAUUGUAAAUAUGGUGGCCUGUAUGCCUUUCGUUGAAUUCAGAUAAAUCUUUUUGUUACUACUUGAAUAAUAUUAUUACUAUCAGCAUUGUUGAUUUUGUC